UUUGGCGUUUCUUUCCAGUGGCGGGAAGUCGGCGUUCCCACUUCCCAAUCUCAUCGCGUCCAUCAGUUUGGGCGAGUGGCGCGUUUUUUUGAAUGUCUCAAGCCGUGGCCGGAGGCUGAGGAGGACGGCGGCGAUGGGGAGUGGGAGGGGGAGCGAUGGCGGAGGAAGGAAGGGUUCCCUGUCGGAGGAGAACCUGAUGGCCAUGCUCGAAUCUUCCGGCUGCAAGGACGUCCGAGAUCUCCACGAAGACAGAUUGUCCUUCCUGGAAGGCGUCCGAUCGGCGACGAUCAUCCACCGUAAUAGAUCCACUCCUACAUGGAAAAUGUAUGAUGCAGUUUUUCAAAUCCUCAAGGAUGGUUCCUGUUUAGAGUUGACUAUGGCAAGUUAUAAACUACUGGUGGACCUCGAGAAGUGUUAUCCUCGAGUAUAUUUACCAAGUUCAGGGACCUCGGCAUCUACUUCUAGUAAUUCCGUCGAUUUGGUUAUAGUCUCUGAGGCAUGGUCACCAUUUAAUUUUGGUUCCAAACAAUUGGACCUUCUUGGGGAAGAGGGAAGACCAAGGGAUGCUACAAAGUACAUAGAUCCCAUGAGUUUCUUCUCUUUAACUCAGAGUGUUGCUCAAGAGCUUUCUGAGAUGGAUGUUUGUGAAGUGAGAUCCAAAACACUCAGUAGAUUCUUGCUACUCAAUUAUCUUAUCAUUGUCCUUGAGGUGGAUUUCUUGCCUCGGUACAAGAAGUAUAAAGAAACGCUGGACUGGGACCUUCUCAAAGAAUGUCUCAUCAAUCUACUUUUGGGAUCGCGAAGAAUAAAUUUUAAAAACUUGAUCAGGGAAUGCUUGUCAAUUAUAUCAAAGAUUUCUUAUCAUCAUGGCAAGCUCAACCAUGUUGAUAGAAAUGCAAGCCAGGAUGUCUCACAUAUGUUAAUACCUGAUGGUGAUACUCAUCUACAAACUGCCAUUGCCGAAUAUAAAGAUGAAGUUUGUACGUUAGCAAAGAAGUUUUUGAUAUUUAUCAUGGAACUUGACAAUGUAAAGAAAGAAGCCGACAUGAAUGGUUUAACAACAAGAACUGAUGGUUCAAGAUUACCUCUUGUUGAGAUCAUUGUAGAUGAACUUACAUAUAAUAAAGAACUGGUGCCUCUCUUUCUUGAGGGGUUCACUGAUCCAAAAUGGAAAUUGGAAAUAAUCUUGCAAUAUUUUUGGAAGUAUUGUACAAAGAGUUUGGUACGCACCAGGAGAUCAAAUAAUUCAACAGAAGAUGGAACGCUUACUGGUCUGUUGCAAUAUUUUUUAAACGGAACUAGCACAAAAACUGUCAUCAAGAAACUCAGCAUGGAAAUUGUCCAAUUGCUUUUGGCACAUGCAUUUCAGGCCUUUCUCUCUAUACAAAUAUUUGCAAAGCAAUUCACCUUUUCUUGUAAAAAGAUGGGUUUAUGUGGCUCCCUUGUAGAGAUAUGCAAGAACUUGCAGUUGGUCUUUGCUAGUCUUAAAAAAGUUGAUGAGAAAAUGGAGAUCAUACCUUUCGCAAAAGAGGCUCUGUUCACAGCGGCCGUUCUUAGCUCAGGCAAAUGCUAACAUUUGGAGAAGGCGUCUCUGUUUUGCUCGUCUCGUGCCAAAGAGAAGGUUCAAACAGGACUCUGUAAUCCAGCACAGACAGGUUACUGGAGACGAUGGGUCUGUUAUGGUUCCGGUCUGGUUCUGAUAUACGUUUUAGAACAAGCCUAAAUGCGAACAAAAUUCCGGUACUGGUGCACAUAAAUGUCAUGUCUUGAGCAGGUCGGACCGGCGUUUGGCAGCUUUGGCCUCGAAAAAAGUCAAGUCCAAGUUUGAAUUUGAAACUAAAUCCGAGUAAUUGACUUGGUGGAUGUCAGGCCUGGAUCAUUUCUCUCUGGUAGUGAGAUCGGGAUGACUGAAAGGCUUGGUGAUAGCCCUAGAAAUUGGGUAUCCUCCUACCUGCAUUUACGUCCCCCACAGAAGAGGCCUGUCAUAUCUGAAUGAAGUUAUCAGUCUCUGGGCUGUUGCAUGAAUCGCCAUAAAAGCUGCUACACCAUCAAGGCGUGGCCCCUGCCGUGAUAGCCAUUAAUUGCCUCUGGCCAUUAAUUGCGUAUCUAUUGCUGAAAGAAGAUUUUAUUUAACAGUCUAGUUCUUCCAUUUUAGUUUUA